AUGAUCAAUACAAGUGCAUCGCCGGAAGAGGUGGAUUUCUUGGGAGGUGUCGUCCCGGAGGAGGAUAAAGCAGAGCUUCUUUCGAUGAAUCGUUUCCUGGGAUUCCUCAAAUUAACCUGCCAGGUGAAUGAAUCCAUCGAGUGCAGGGAUCUCAAGACCACCACAAUUGACUACAAUGAUCUGGCAAAGAAUGACUUGGUUAAUUCCAUCCUCAAUCGUACACCACCCCAUCAGGAAGCCAGAAAAAGCCCAAGUUCGGAGAAGCGAGAACGCGGGAUUACCGUGUACAGGCCCAAGAGAAACACAUCCGGGAUUAAAUCCUCAGGGAAGGGGAAGACAGAGGGACAGCUGGAUGCCAUGCUGGGUGAGAAGUUGGAUGAGGUGAUAAAUGAGGGAAUUCUGGACUCAGUUCUCCCCUUUAUUUGCCCAAAUCAUCCCCCGACGAGUCUCAUUUCAAGUGGAACAACAUCCGGGAAGAAGACAUCACUCAGCUUGAAGCCACAGAAUCUCCAAGUGGAUCACAAGAGCCCAGCUUUGUCUCCCACAAUCCCUGAAUCUGACAGUGGAUUGUCCGGGAGACGCUUCUCAAAAUCCUCAGACACUUUGGCACCCUCUAAGGCACGCAGGAAGUCCCUCGUGAGCCCCAUCCCCGGCGAUGGGCAGAAGCACGAAGCUGAGAUUGUCAUUCAUGUGUGUGACGAAGUGAAAAACAUCUCAAGAGAUUUUACAUGCCCCCAAAAGUUGCUGGUCAGCAAAAUGGGCUACUUUCCGGAAGUCACAGCUGGACAGCGUCUCGAGGAUAUGGAUAUCUCCGUGCACUGUGACAUUCAGAUCUUUGAGUGGCUCAUGAAGUGGGUGAAGAGGGACACAAUGCCACAGCCAGAAUGGCCCACACUUGAUCCCUUCAACGUAAUCCCCAUCCUUGUGUCAGCCAGCUUCCUCCAGAUGGAACCCUUGCUCCUGGAUUGCCUCUCCUUUUGCCAUGCCCGCCUGUCGGACAUUGUGAAGGCUUCGGCGAAUCUUUCCUGCCUCAAUGAGGGCAUCGUCACGCGUCUGGCAGCAAUGUUCACGAAUCUGGAGCUGGAGGGUGUUCGUGAUAAGAAGGAUCGCGUGGUGCCACGACUGUGGACAAAGAUGAUUCAGAGUCUCUGUGAACCGGAGCCUCAGGCUCUCCGGGGGCAUUUUGCCAGUCUCGCUGGGUUAUUCCGUUGCAGUCGCUGUGGACGCUUCCUAACGCCCGCCGUGGCUUCCUACGUCUUCUGCCUCCCACAGAAUAUGCGUGUAAAUCGCUGGGGGCAGAUUGUGAGUCAGCACACGCGUGAUUCCAAUUGGAACAUCACCAGCUUCAUUGCUGCCCUGUACAAGGAAUUGCGUUCCUGGAGGAAGCUCUACUGGCGCCUCUGGGGGCACUGUCACUUCCUCUACUGUGCUGCCUGUGAGACACACUUCCCAGUCUACCAGAUGAACUGGUGUCAAUACCAUCCGGAUCAGCCACAAUUUCUCGGUCCAGCUGUUGAGGGAAGAACAGCUGGUCCUGCUGGACGUUAUCCUUGCUGUGGUCAGCAGGCGUAUCGCUAUGAAACCCUCACAGGUCCAUCAGGAUGUCAAUAUCGCGAACAUUCGGUUUCAAUUGAAAACGAUCGCGAUCGUUCAAUCCUCCAACUGGCUCAGGUAGCAGCUGAGGGUGGAUGCCUCUUCGACGUAGCCCCCAUGAAGAGUAACACCCAAAAUGGGGAUCCCUGGUGGACGGGCAUUGCUCUCUUGCCCCAUCGUUCACGUCAAGGUCUCCUUCCUAUGCUUCACGUUGACGAGCCGUGCACGUCGAAGAGCAACAAAAAAUGCACAACACGUCAAACAUCAAUGAUGCUGGACUCCAGCAGUGAUUCCGAGUCCAGUGACAACGUUAAGCAUCACAGAUCAUCGCUUGUGCGUCAAUCGUCCUACAGCAGCGAUGGCGGAGAGUCAGAGUACAGCAGCCCACGACAGUAUCGCUACAGAACGUCAAAAAGACGCCCCAAGAUGCCGAGUGGACGGUACUGGUCUGGUGAAAUGUCAGCCCGGAGCAAUCAGGAUAAUCAGCGGGAAUUUGAGGAGCGUGCCAUGAAGCAGGUAAUUGCGAUGCUUUGCAAGAAAACCGGCAGCGACACAGGCUUGCAGCAUCAUCAACUACAACAGCAAAACUACCACCAACACGGUGGCACCUACGUACGUUUGGAAGCUGAAUGGAGGGAGAGUCUCAAGAAUCGCGGAGUUAUCUCCAGCAAGAAUAAAUCACAGAAAUAACUUCUAGUCAAGAAUGUUAAA